AUGGCAUAUAAUUUCAGGAGCAGGACCUUUCUGAACAGCAGGGGUACUUAUUUGGGAUCAAGUGGAUCCGAUGAGGAGAGCUAUAAUUCGGACCCUGACUUUAGGACACCAGCUAGACCUCCAAGGAGGUCAGUGCCAAGGGCUUCUGGUAUUCGGUUACCAGGCUCUGAAGGUGAAAAUUCUAGCGGGAACAUGGAGAGGAAACGGUCUAGCCGUCGUUCAAGGUCGAGUGCUGAUGGGGAAGAACAUAGGCGAGGGCUGAUAGAGAGACACAGGCGUAGGAAAAGGACUAAAUUUUCUCAAGUGUCUGAUUUACCAAUAACCAAGAGAACUGUGCUGUCUUGGUUGAUAAGCUUGGGCAUAGUUUUGGAAAAUGAAGUGGUCUGGUAUGUCGAUUCGCUGUCUGGAAAUAUACUUGGAGAAGGGAAAGUUGACAGGGAAGGGAUUUUAUGCAGUUGCUGUUCUGUACUGGUUACAGUGGGAGAGUUUGAGGUUCAUGCAGGGAGGAAAACCAAAAAGCCUUAUCAGCAUAUAGUUUUAGCAGGCUCUCAGCUUUCCUUGUUGGAUUGCCAAAUUGAAGCUUGGGAGGACAAGCAAGAAGAAGAAAAGCGCAAAUUCAACAACAUUAAGCCUGCACCGAAAGCUACCGAUAAGAACGAUGAUGCUUGUAUGAUUUGUGCUGAUGGAGGGGAUUUGGUUUGCUGUGAAAAAUGUCCCUCAACAUUUCAUCCCAAGUGUAUUUUCAUGGAGAGUAUUCCCCAAGGUGACUGGCUAUGCUUUUAUUGUGUCUGCAAGUACUGUGGCACUGCUAAUGGCAUUUUAAAGAAGUGCGCCCAAUGUGAAAAGCUAUAUCAUGGCAGGUGUGGAGGAGAAAGGCUGGAUCUCAUGAACCCUCCAGCUGCCUUGUUCUGUGGAAAAAGUUGCAGGAAGAUUUAUGAAGGGUUACAGUCUUUUCUUGGAGUUCGAAAUGAUCUUCGUGAUGGCCUUUCAUGGACUCUAAUCCAACGCAGAGAUCAGCCAUUGAGUGGUUCAGAUGAGUACACAAGAGUGAUGUCCAACUCCAAGAUUAGGGUGCAUGGGAAAAUGUUAGCUGAGAUGCCCUUCAUUGGAACCCGUGGUAAAUAUAGGCGUCAAGGGAUGGCUCGCGUCCUGGAGAACUGCGUUGAAUCGGCUCUUUGUGCUUUAAAGGUGGAGAAGCUGGUGAUUCCAUCGAUGAAUCAUCUUACCAGCAUGUGGAUCGACAGGUAUUUCUUCUCCAGGGUUGAAGAUGAAAGCUUGAAGCAGGCACUAAGUGUUUACAAUACGGUGAUGUUCCCUGCCAAAGUGGUGAAGCUGCACAAGACCUUGGCGAUGCUUCCUGAUCUAAACAAGGCUCCUCCAGAGCCCAAUGACGAUUUCUAA